AUGGGUCGAGCGUGGGCUGGUGAUGCGACUGGCAUCGACUCGAUCCACGACUUGGUCGAGUGUGCCAACCGGGGUGCGUGCAAACGGACGACCGGGCUUUGCAACUGCGACGCGGGCUUCACUGGCACAAAUUGCGCCACUUUGGCGUGCUUUGCCUCGUGCUCGUCCAGCGGCCAGUGCCUCUCGAUGCAAGCGUUUGCCGCAGCCAAGAGCCCAUUUGGCUUCACGUACAUAGGCGUCUGGGACGCGGCGUCGAUUCAUGGUUGCGUGUGCGACGCUGGCACCGGCGGCCCCGACUGCUCGCUUCAGUUAUGCCCGCCCGGUGACGACCCCAUGACGAUCGGUCAGUUCAACGAGAAGCAACUCUUGCGCUGUACCGGCGUCGGCUCGUUCCAGCUCAAGUUCAAUGGAGAGCUCUCCACACCGAUUCCAAGCUCUGCCACGGCGCCGCAGCUCACCAAUUGCUGCAGCGCGGGCUCCAACGUGGCCACAAUCGAGUUCACGUCUCGCUUUGGCCCACAGCCGCCAUUUCUUGUGCAAACUGUGAAUGCGCAAAAGUUGCCGAGCAUGACCGGUGGCAAUGUCAUCGUGGCGCAUGGCGGCGCGGCCAUUGGCACCUUUCUCAGCGUCCGGGGCUCGAAAGAAUGUCAAGCGUGCAGCAAUCGCGGCCUCUGCGAUACGAGCCAGGGAACGUGUUCGUGCUACCUCUACCCGAUGCCAGGUUAUCGAUCGAGCGAUGGCUACGGCAACGUUGGUCUUCGCGGCGACUGUGGCGCACCCGACAAUACCAACUACUACGGUGGCCCUAUCUCUGGAUGCCCGGGGUACCUUCCAUGCAGCGGCCACGGCAUGUGUACCGGCCCCCCUGGCUUUGCGUGCAAGUGCUCACCGGGCUGGACGUCCGGCGACUGCUCCCAGCGCACAUGCACGACGGGGGCUUCGUGGUUUGCGCUGCCAACGUCGACCAAUGUCGCCCACAAAACGCAAGAGACGUGCUCCAACGCGGGCCUCUGCGAUUCGACGACGGGCAUGUGCACCUGCUUUCCUCCUUUUACCGGCGCCGCCUGCGAGCUCCUCGAUUGUCCGUAUGGUCCUGAUAGUGCCGCUCCAUGCUCGGGCCACGGCACCUGCCUCACACUCGCCGAGCUGGCGGCGUCCACGACGACUCAAGGUCUACCCGCAGGCUUCACCUACGGCGCGAAUCCCAACAACCCAGCGACGUGGGACGCGGCCAUGAUUCAAGGGUGCAAGUGCGACGACGGAUUUACUGGCCACGACUGCACCCAGCGGGUGUGCCCCACCGGCGAUGACCCAGUUACAAUGGGUCAAACAAACGCUGUUCAACAAGUCACGUGUGCAGCGUCGUCCGGAGUCUUUCAAUUAGGCUUUCGAGGCGCGUACACGGACCCAUUGCCGUUCAACGCCCCUGUCCUCGAAGUCCAAACCGCGCUGCUCAGUCUUUCGACGAUUCAUGGCCUCUCUCUACAAUACUCGCACACAGGCGCCUGCGUCGGCGGCAAUAGCAUGAUCCUGACCUUCACGCAGGACUUUGGUGCGCUUCCACCGGUGCAACUGCUGGAUGCGUCGCUCAUGCUCACGUCCCCGUCGUCCGUCACGACGCUUGUACCUGGCACCAAAGAAGAUGCCGAGUGUGCCAACCAUGGCCACUGCGACACAAACCAAGGCGUCUGUGUCUGUGCGCGCGACUAUGCCAGCAGCGACGGCAACGGCGGGCCAGGCAACCGCGGCGACUGCGGCUACCGGCGUCUCUUCUUCGUCGACGACAAUAACGCCGACGCAAAGGCUUGA